UCACUCUGUCAAACGUCACUUGUCAAUCAUCCAUUUUGACUAAAGUCAGCAAACGGACAGGACGCAAAACUUUUUCUUCUCAAAAGAACUUAGAGAGCAACAUGCCUGGAGUUACAGUAAAGGAUGUUGAUCAGCACGUUCUGACCAAAAAUAUGGCUGCUUUUCUCAAAAAAUCCGGAAAAAUUGAUGUGCCCGAACAGGCCGUCUACAUGAAGACUGGCAAGUUCAAGGAGACUGCUCCUACCGACGACGACUGGUUCUUCACUCGCUGUGCCUCCAUCAUGAGACACCUGUACCUGCGCAGUCCCUCAGGCGUUGGGGACUUCACCAAGAUCUACAGCGGGCGCAAGCGCGACGGAGUUCGUCCGGCCAAGCACUGUCGCUCAUCGGAUGGCUGCAUUCGCAAGGCUCUGCAAGCCUUGGAAGCUGCUGACAUGGUGGAGAGGCACCCGGAUGGUGGUCGCAAGCUGACUCCGCAAGGACAACGUAACUUGGAUCGCAUAGCCAACAAGAUUGUGGCCAAGCAGCGAGAGGGCAGUGCACCAGUUCCCAUGAUUAUCACCACCUAAGAUGCUAAUACCAAUACC